AUGAUGCUCCCGUCGGGAAGUUCGCCUGGAUCGGUUGGUCCUUCACCUGGACGAAUGUCACGUGUGGCGA